UUCCAUGUCAAAUGUAUUGAACCUUCAUGAAUCACUUCAUUAUUUGGUCUUCUUAAAGAACCUUUUCUACCUUUGAUCUCUUAUCAUUAAGGAACUAUCCUCUUCCUCUUCACACAAUAUACAAACACCACUUUGACUAAUUUGUUCAUUAACCUUACCUGACUUCACAUUUCUCAACAUAAUUUCAUGGCAUUCAAGUCGGAGCCUUGAUCUUAUCUAACCCCUCACCCGACUGAAUACCAGCACCAGCUACCAGCACCAGCGAGCUUCGAACUUCCAACUUCUUCGAACCUGGAAGAGAUACAACAUAUCGAAACAUUCAUUGGGAGAGAUUGAAUAGUCAGAGGAAGCUAAAAGAUUUGGCAAGAUGAUUUCGGGACGUGGUAGAGCUAGAAUUCGUGCGCCUCGUAGGGCCUUUGGCCGUGCCGGCGAAAAAAACGAGUUCGAGAUCCAAUGGGAGAUUUUACAAAAUGCACUUCAGGAAAUCCAUGAAAAAAAUGCAGGAACACUAUCCUUCGAACAAUUGUACCGGGCAUCUUAUAAGAUCGUUCUGAGGAAAGACGGCGAUUUACUGUACGAACGAGUCAAGGUUUUCGAGGAGCAAUGGUUCGCGGGGAAAGUUAUGCCAGCUAUUAGGAAACUCAUUACUUCAAAUUUGGUCAAUGUCGCUGCUGGUGGCGUUUCUGGAACUGCCGCCAACGAACGAAGACUUACCGGUGAACAAUUUCUAGAAGGACUCAAGGCUUCAUGGACAGAUCACAAUCUAUGUAUGGGUAUGACAACUGAUGUCCUCAUGUAUAUGGAUCGAGUUUAUUGUGGCGACAAUCGCAAGGCUUCAAUUUACACCACAGCUAUGGGACUUUUCCGGGAUCACAUUUUACGUUCACCACUUCUGGACAAUUCAAGCAUGAUCACUUUUGAUAUUCUAAAUUCGGUUAUAUUGGAUCAGAUUGGAAUGGAGAGAGAGGGUGAUGUCAUCAAUCGACAUUUAAUUCGUUCUGUCAUUUAUAUGCUGGAGGGUCUCUACGAAACCGACGCAGAAAACGAAAGUGAGAAGCUAUACAUUACUGUAUUUGAACCCGUAUUUUUAGCAGCUAGCAGAAAGUUUUACCAAGCAGAAUGUCAAACGUUGUUGAGGGAUUCACCUGCCAGUACCUGGUUACGUCAAGCAAAGAGACGACUCGAUGAGGAAGCUGAUAGGUGUGAUACGACUAUCGCCCAUUUCACAAGUAGGAAGAUACAAAAAGUUGUCGAACAAGAAUUGAUCAGCAGUCAUCUGAAUGAAUUCCUUGCGAUGGAAGGAAGUGGUUUACAAGCCAUGAUUGAAAAUGACCGAUUUGAAGAUUUAUCCAUUCUGUAUCAACUUAUUACUAGGAUAGAUGCAGGUAGAGGACCGCUGAAAACCGCACUACAAGGUCGCGUAGUACAACUCGGUUUGGAAAUCAACAAAAUCAUCGCUAGUGGAGACUUCGAAACUCCUGUCGCUGAGGAUGCCAAGCCUGAAGCAGAAGAGGAUGAAGCGGAUGGUGCGAAGAAGAAGGCUAAACCAAUGAAUGCUGCGGCGAAGCAAACCCUUGCAGCCAUCAAGUGGGUUGAUGAGGUCUUACGAUUGAAGGACAAAUUUGACAAUAUGUGGAAGAAAUGUUUCAAUGAAGAUACCAUUCUGGAAACAGCUAUCACUAAGAGCUUUUCGGAUUUUAUUAACCUUUUCGAUCGCUGUUCCGAGUUCGUCUCCUUAUUUAUCGACGAUAACCUGAAGCGUGGUAUCAAGGGCAAAACCGAGGUUGAGAUCGACGAAGUAUUAGACAAGGCCACCACUUUACUUCGAUAUAUCCAGGACAAAGAUAUGUUUGAAAGAUAUUACAAGAAACAUCUUGCGAAACGUUUACUACUCAACAAAUCCGAAAGUACUGAUGUGGAGAAGCAAAUGAUUACUCGGAUGAAGUUGGAAAUCGGAAAUUCAUUUACAACUAAGCUGGAAGGAAUGUUCAAGGAUGUUACCAUGUCCGAAGAACUUACCCAGAACUACAGAAAGCAUAUCGAAAACGUUGGAGAUAAGGACCGAAAGCCAAUCGAAUUAUCUGCUAUUGUUCUUUCUACCAAUUGUUGGCCUACGGAAAUCAUUGGUGGCAUUCCUUCAUCAGAAGACGGACCUCGACAAUACUGCAAUUGGCCUCUGGAACUACAGAAACUACAAGAUUCCUUCAAGGCAUUCUAUCUCAAAGAUCGAAAUGGUAGAAUGUUGACCUGGUUGGGUAACCUAGGAAAUGCUGAUAUUAAAUGUCAUUUCCCAGCCAUUCCAGGAGAAACAGGUCCGAAGGGUAAGGAUAGAAAGUAUGAACUAAAUGUGAAUACUUAUGGCAUGAUCAUUUUGAUGCUUUUUAAUGAUCUACCAGAUGGUGCAACUUUAUCAUAUGAAGAAAUUCAAGAACGUUUGAAUAUUAGCGAUAAAGACUUACCACGUGCUUUGAUGCAACUCUCUGGUCCACCAAAAUCUCGAGUUCUUCUUAAGAAACCUGGAAAACCUAAUGAAUUACCUACAAUGGGUGAUGUUUUUACAUUCAACACCGGGUUUGUUAGUAAAGCUCAUAAAAUUAAGGUUCAAGCAAUGGGUGGACAAAGUAGUAAGGUCGAAGGAGCUGAAGAAAGAAGAUUGACCGAAGAAAGAAAUGAUGAACAUCGAGGAAGUGUUAUGGACACGGUUAUUGUCCGGAUCAUGAAAGCACGUAAAGAAUGUCCUCAUCAACAACUCGUUACAGAAGUCAUUUCACAACUUUCACAACGCUUCCAACCUAACAUCAACAUGAUGAAACGACGUAUUGAAAGUUUGAUCGAAAGAGAUUAUUUGGAGAGAAUCGAAGAUGCUAAAGUACCUACUUAUAAGUAUUUGGCUUGAUUCUUCUCAUUCGAAUUUUCCUUCGUGUCGAAUAUUUUCAUGGCUUUGGGUGGCUGGAUAGAAUGUAUCCACAUGCGUUCGGGGAUCUUUGGUAAAUUUCUGCUUUUGCGGUUGAUUGCAUUGGACUUGACUUGAUAUGAUAAGUCUUUCCAUGUCAUUUUCACAUCAUGCUCAUAGGAUUGCAUAGCAUAGCAUAGCAUAGCAUUUCUUGCAAACUGGUGCUGGGGUGUUGAAAAAUAGGUAUGGGAAUGGGAAUGGGAGAUGGAUGAAUUUUUUUUCUUUUCUGUUUUUGAUUUCUUCUUUUUGAAAGAAAGAAAGAAGGAUUGGCGUAUGGUAUGACAUGGCAUGAUGAUACACUUAAUGAAUGGUAUGCUGCAUAUACGAAUGAAUGGACGAAUGAAUGAAUAGGAGAUUGAUGAGAUGAGAUGAGAUGAUGUGGAAUUGCAUGGUUGUGUUGAGCCGUGAGCGUCUUGCUGUGUGUGUGAGAGGCGGGGGGGUCGGAAGGGGGGAGGAAGGGUAUAGCUAGAUAUCGAGCAUCUAGCAAUCUAGAGAGUGGUAGUGGUAGUAAAUGGUA